GUAAGUGAGAGCUGAUCGAGACCCAUAGUGAAAUGCGUCUUCGAAAGCAAUCUUUCCAGGCCAGCAGCCUUGUUCCUUGUUUCUCCCCUUCUGGUGCCCUUCUCCAGAGUUUCACGAACGAAAAGUUUUCUGCUCCUACCGCUUCGUAUAUCUUAUUUUGGGAUCAUGGUGUUCUGAGUAUUGCUUUGCGUAUUUAUUCUUGCCGCGCAGAUCCCUCAUCCUGAUAUAUGACGACACGCUCGCCGGAUCGAGUCUUUCCUACAGUAGCACUUCGAGCUCACCUGCAAGUAUAGACUUAUAACGACUUAUGAUGGCAGUACUUGAGCUGGAGCCGGAGCAACUUGGAAGGUUCGUGGCACUGGAAGGCGAUUCAGAGACCAUCGCUACGCAAUUGAGACUCCUACCACCCUCCCAGAAGAUCUUGAUUGUGCCCGCCUUACCAGACGCUUUCUCGCAGAAUUCGGAUAAAGAUUCUUUCAACCCCAGCACGUUCAUUCGCAACGUUCAUACAGCUUUCACGGAAAGAAGCGAAGCAGCACGGGCGUUCCUCCGAAAAUCGACGAGUACCCAGCCGAGACUUGUUCUCCAAAAUGGAGGAAGUGUCAGUGCACGCGCAACAUGCAUCUCAAAAAUCGCAAAUCUGACAGAGGGAGAUAUCGGGCGAGCCGAGACAAUUUUCAACGAGAUUGUGAAGGAUGGGUUGGCCGGGUUGAUGAAACUGGAUGUUGGGAGUGAAGACGACAAAGCAAUGCUAGUGGCCCAGGAAAGCAAUGAAGUUCAAGUCCAAGAUGGGAUGGAAGAUCCAAGUGUUAGAGCGAUGAAGGCAGCCGAUUCCCUCGAACGAGAAACAGAAGCACUACAGCCAAAUUCUGCGCAUGAAGGUACUCCUGGACUCGAAACCACCGUUGACAGCCAUGCAAUGGGUGCCUCACACAGUACCUUGAAUGGAUCGGUGCCUUUGAAGUCGUCUGAUGCCAGCGAAGUGCCCCAAAAAGUGGUAGGCAUAGACAAGAAUGGCAACAACAUUGUCAGAACCGUCUUGACAGUGCCGAGCCGGAGCCGAAGGUUUACUGUCGAAGAGAAACGGACAACUUUCGGAACUCAAUUUACCAUCAGCACACCUGCGACCGCAUCAACCAUAGGACCGACCAAGUCAGAGGAGACCGAGGAAGAUGACGAAGACUUGGACUUCGCUUCUCCUGAGGAAGAGUCUAUGUUUUCAGCUCCAGCUACCCCAGCUGUGUAUAAGGAAGCAUUUCUAGUAGAUGUGCAGUCCAGUCCUCCAACGAAGACAGUCCGGAAAGCACAGUCUAUUGACAUGUUCUACUCGAGGAAUUCGAAGCUUUUGCAUCCUUCUUCCGGUCCAAUGCAACUUAAGCACACGGCAUCAGAUUACCAUCUAAGGCGGCCAGCAAUUCCUGAAAGACGCUCUGACAACUAUCAAACUCUCCCACGGACGACUUUUAUGAAGGCAUCUCAGACCACAAUCAGGAAAUCUCCGACAUUGAGCGCUUCUGCGAAAUCCAACUCCUCCUCAACCGAAGCUGUUCCUCCUCGUGUUUAUGUCGAUCGAGGUGAAGAUGCGUUUCAGGUUAGCAAAGAGUCGAUGGAGCCUUUUGUACCCGUCUUCCCCGUGGUAGAAGAUUUGAUCAUACAUCUAGUCGACGAUAAUGCCAAUCAAAUUCUGGAGUCCGUCAUAAGUUCUUACAAGGAUGGCACUUAUCCAGCCCUGCCACCAACUACUUCGUCACCACUUCCGGAAGAAGGAGAAGAUCAAGAAGCCCCGAUAAGUGCUGUUCAAAGUAAGAAGGAAGACAAGGCGCUCCGACCAGAAUCUUGUCUUACUGCUGAGACCGAUGAUAUGGGAUAUGAAAGACGGCAUGACUAUGAUCCCUACAACGACAGCUAUCCCCCGGAUAUCAAGCGACAAUGGCCACCAAUGCAGAACAAUGCACGAGUCAGCAGCUUAGACUCAAGCGUCGGGCCUCCCACACCCACACUAACACCGCCAGUUGUGCCAGAAGUCAAUGAUAUUGCCCAGAAAUUCGUCGACUUCACACCGACGAAUCCCAAUAAUGCUAUUAAUGUUCAAAACUCCUUACGACAGCUCCUUAUCCUCCAUUUGCCAGCUGGAGAAAACGGAUACAGUCAACAUUAUUAUCCCGUGACACCCGAGGCGGAGAGGCUCUGGAAGCCGGUGUUUAGAAACGAUCAAAACACCAGCAUUGGGAAUGAUGGCAGGAAUGUCGACCAAAUCAUCGCUUUGGGUUGUGAGGAUGGAGUUAAGAAGGAUUUCUUCUUUCAGAUGUCUGGUCAGGUUGAAAGGCUUGGCUCCAAGAGAGACGGUGUCAACAGAAGUGGAAGACUUGAUAUCAGAUACUUGAUUGCGAACAUAAUGCAACACUCCUCUGGCUUUUCGACGCAGAGCUCUGUCAACCCACUAUCAAAUCCACACAUCCUCGCGGCGCUUCUCGUCCCUCAAAUUGAAGCUUACUUGGCUAUAAAUACCAGCACGAGGCUUCUAGUCCUCCAGUACCCAGCAAGCCAUCUUCCCACAGUUUUUGCACUGCGAAAACUUCUAGGCUCGGACCUCUUCAAGAUCGCAGGCAUCCUCGAUUCUCUUGCUUCAGAUCCUCCUCCUAUGUCCCGUCCUCGAACACCAAAUCCUCUUUCUAAUGAAGCCAUCAGCCAACGCGCAGCAAAUCAUUCUCGCCUCAACUCACUCCAAAGAACCCGUAUCGAUAGUACACGGGCAGACUCUAUUACCACUUUGCAACGCCAAACUUCCUCCGCAGGCUCCGUUCGCUCCUCACUUACCAAAAGCUUGACAUCUGCCUCUUUCGCAAAGGCAGAUUACCUGCUUCCGAGCACUGCUACAGAUUCAGAAAUCACUACCUUCCUCUCCAGUAUCUGGAAAGCGUUGAUGGAGAAGUCAGUCUUCUACACCCCAGAGCCAGAACCAAAACCCAUCAUCAUUGAGAGACCACCAAUGCCACCUCCACCGACCCCCACAGGAUCAUCGAGGGAUAUUAGACGGGAUCGAAUGGAACGAGAGCGCGAAAGGCACAGAGAACGAGACCUCGACAGAGACGCAGACCGGGACUCGAACUAUGCUCCAUCAUCCCGCACCACCGUUACAGCUUCACAAUCCAAGAUCUCCCGCCUCACAGGCGGUUCAGCAACCGGACCCUCCGGACCCCGCUCAACGUACUCUCCAUCCGUAAUCUCCACCUCGACGGCUCGUCCUUCGACCCGUCACCGCGAGCGAGACCGCGAUACGGACUACGAUCCAUCGAUCGCUUCUACGAGACAUAAAUACGCGGCAAGUAUAGCCAGCACCAAAACCACCGCUAGCGAAAAAGAGAGGAGGAGAGAUAAAGAGUGGGAGAAUUUCUACAUAGGCGACGAGGAUAGCGAGGAUGAUGCUUAUGAUCGAAUGAUCAUGGGUAGAGCUGGGCAGAGAAUCGUUCCGGAGCCCGAAGUGAAGGUUGUCACGCAGAAGAGGGAUAAGAGAAAGGCGUUAAAAUGGUUAGGAUUGGCGUAAUUCGAGCGUUGACUGCUACUUACUACGACCCUGUAUUCCCUUUGUUUGUUCUUUGGUGGGUAAAAUUAAAGCGCUGUUUGUUUACACCACUUGUAGCAUAGCAGUCGAUUUCCUUCCUUGUGUUGGUUGGAUUGGUUGGGAUAAUAUUGUAGUUCUAUGUACUCCUCUGGUUAGGUGGCGUUUUUGUUUGUGGUUGAGAGACGGAGUAAGCUAAUACCACAUUUUGAAUCAAUCAUUUAUGGUAUCGCUGUGAAAGGUUACAAUAACUUUUAAAUGUCUGUCCCACGCAAUUGAUGUCUUGUACAAUUAUGAUCGCUUAGAAUGUCUGAGAUCAGAACAAGUAUUUUGCUUCGGCUAUGUCCUAAGACUGCCUCGG